AUUAAGUUGGAGGAACCUCUCUAGUUUCCCCGCACGACGUCCGGAUUUAAUUUGAAGACGGACCACUUCCACUUCCGGUCCAGCUGUCAACAGACCCUGCAGCACACGUGUUUCCACAGUUAAAAUGCCGAAGACUCAGAGAGGAAAACCUGCGGAGAAAGUGGUUCAUCCGUACAGCCGGAAGGCAGCUUAUAUGGCCCGAGAGGAGUGCAGACUUAGGAGGAAAGAGAGGCAGAAGACUGAGAAAGCUAGUCGUCUGAGCAACAUUGGUGAGAAGCUCUUGUGGUUUCAGAGUGAGCUGGAUCCAGCUAAGGCAACUUACACAAAAAAAGAUGCCUGCGACAUCAUUGAGAGAUACCUCCAUAGAUUUGACUCUGAACUUGAGCAGAUUGAACUCAUGAAUGGGAUCAAAGGUCGGCAGGGUCGUCUCCAUGGCGCCAGAGAGGCCGUAAUCAAACAGACCAUCGAGCGAGAGCGGGCACAGUUUGAGGGCGUCGGUUUCGAAAUCCCGGACAUCAUCAAUGGAAAACAUCUGAAGACCUUUAGAGAGUGGACUGGGGACCUGAAGAAACUUCCGAAUAUUAAACUGCGCAAGGUCUCGAACAAAAGUUUAGAGUCAAAGAAGGAAGGGGAGGAGAAACAUGAGGGCGAGCAGGAUCAAGAGGAUGAUGAUGAUAAUGAGGAAGAUGGAAGCGAUUUGGACUGUGAGCAAAUGGAUGAGAUUUCAGACUCCCACUGAGACUCUUUAUGUUGGAGCUGCUGGAGUAUUAAGACUUCCUUUCAGCACACUUAAUGUGAUGUGUGAGAAGAUGCUGCUGCUAUUCUUGGACCGUCCACGAGAUGGUGCUACAGCCUCAAAUAGCAAAGUCAGAUUUUUUAUUUUUUAUUUUUAUUUUUUUUUUAGUCUGAACUCCUGCUAAAAGUUUCUCAGUGACUUCACACCAGCCUUUCAGAGGUUUCUACAUUCAUCGUUUAUUGCACAAACAAAUAUGCGUUUCAUGUAACCAGGAUGCUCCUUUUUAUUUAGAAAAAAGCUGUUGCGGUGGGUUUAAGACACAGAGGAAACUGUAUUAUCUGUGAGGUGAGAAACCAAAUCGAGACUAUAAAAGUGGACGUGUGAGUAACAGUCGCUUUGAGUAGGCCGACUUUGUGUCGGUUCGAAUCAAGAGAAAUGCUCAUAAUCUAAUGUAAAAACAUGAAUAGGUGGAAACCAUGAAAGCUCUAGUUACAUCGACAUAUAAAUAAAUGUUGUCCAGCUCAGGACCUCCGAAGCUGCAAACGACUGGGCUACUGUAGACUUUCUAUUUUAACAAAUAAUCUGACGAUAACUUUCAGACUAUUAUGUUUUUAGAUCUCAGACUGAGAUAAAGGUUCAGUUUACAAUCUGUUUCUCUACUUAUAACAUCUGACUCUUUGGUGCCUGAAGACCUGAUUGUCUAAAAGGAGAGUAAAGGCCUCAGUAUGCUUCAGAGCUUGUCACACAGGCCCGAUCAGUCAGGUUUAAAACAAGCUCAAGCUAUUGUUUUUUUUGUUUUUUUUAUCCUGCCUCACUCUCACUUUUGACAACUUUUCCAAAUUCAUUAAAAACUUUUGAGUAGUGUGUCUGCGGGUCAUAGAUCUGCACUUGGUGUAAAGUGAUUGGUUCAUAUGUUUUGUUCAAAAAUACGACAGCAGCUCAACUUCUAAAUGGAGAAGUCUCUUAAUGGCAGUGAACACCAGGGGCACAGAUGUGUUACAGAUAUCAGAGUCUGGCUACAGUGACUGAAUCUGGAGCGUUUCAGAGUAGCCCUCAUCUGCUAUAAUGUUGUAUCUCUGAUUCUACAGUUCAUGC